AUGCCUCCUCCACAUCAGUUCAUGAGAGCUGAUUGGCAUGCUGCUGGCCUCCAUGCUGCUGCUCCCAUGCCUCCUCCGCCAAAGCCGUUACCUCCUCUUGCUGAGGAUCAAAGUACAGUAGGCCUCAUGCUUUGGCCCAACAUGGAAGGAAAGCUGACAAUAACUGGAAUCAAGGAGGACAAGAGCGCAGCACAGACAGAAUUGCAGAUCGGUGACGUGGUUGCUAAGAUUGAUGACGAUUCAGUGGAAGGCCUUGAUGCAACCCUCGUCGCCGCGAAACUCAUCGGACCAACGGGGUCCACUGUGACUCUGACCACGGGAGGAGGAACUACAGUAACUCUUACGAGAGACGUCUCAGCUGAAGAGGCGAACAAGAAGAUCGACCGACGGAGAAGGGAAAAAGAAAAGAGAAUAUCCCUUGGAGAACGCCUGGAAGUAGCCUUGAAGCUCGAGAGCAAGGAAAUCACUGCGAAAGAGGCUAUGGACAUGUUGGGCUGCUGCAGAUCAUACAUCUCGCAGAUGAUGAAACCUAAUUACCUCAACAAGUUGAAGAAAGCAAGAGAUCUCGGACUGGACUUAAAACUCACAAAAGCGCAUUUGCCCAAGUUCCCAGCGAUCGAAGAUGAGCUUCACAAGUGGUUGAAAGACCUCGCAGCUGCAAACCCUCACUUGAGACCUCCUAUGACCAUGUCCUCUACCAUGGAGAAGGCACAGGAGCUUGCAGUGUUGAAGUCAGUGACAGACUUCAAGGCAAACAACAUCUGGUUUGCUAGCUUUGUGAAGAGGUAUGGGCUCGAUACUAUUGGCUACUCAACAGAUGUGCAAAAGCCGGCAUCAACGAUGACAGCUACAGCCAAAUAUGAUGGUGUAUCGACCGCGGUGCCUGUGUAUGGAAAUUAA